CAAUCACGUCAAGUCGUAGCAUUUACAAUAAAAAGCGAGAAAAUCACAUUGAAAUUUUCUACACAAAUUCCACUGACCAACACCAACACGUUGUCAAAGAGCAACGACUAUUUAUUGACUCAAUUUGCAUGUAAUACAUGGAGUAAAUGAAAUUUUGGUCAAAUGCAAGUUUUCUUCUUUGUUAUAUUUUUUUAUAUUUAUUUCCCAGCAUUUUUAGAAUUCUAUUCUGGCUUUUUUGUUGUCUGUAAAUUCUGGUAUGUUUCUUGUAUUUGGCUUUUCUUUUUAAUAAUUUUUUCUUUCUUCCCAUCGUGUUUUACUUUUGUUUUUGGUGAUGUUUGUUCUCAUUUUUGGAUUUCCCCCCCCAUGUUUUUUUUUGUUGGUGUAUUUACACAUCAUUUUUGGCAUUUUCUUUUUCAAUCAUAAUAUUAGGAUUUUGUUAUAAUUUUUGAAUGAUAUUUUUAUUUUUUAUUUAUUUAUUUAUUUAUUUAUUUAUUUAUUUAUUUAUUUACCAUUCUCCUGGAAUAUAUUUAAAUAUCUACAGAUCACAUUUUUUAAAAGCAUCAUGUAUGUCAUUUUUGGUGUAAUUAUUCCCCCUUCACACGUCACCCAUUUGUGUGAGUAAAAACAUCAUCAUUAUAUUUAUUUUUAUUUAUUAUAUUUAAUUUAGCUAGAUUUAAUAAUAUAACUAUAAAUAUGAUCAUAUAUUUAAUACAAUUUUAUUAACCGUAGACGUGUGUGGAAUAAAACGACGGUCCGAUUAAAAUCACAGACUACACAGUCUACAUGACCACACAAAUAACCACUGAAACCUGAGAAAAAUCUGAUUAUUAAGAUACAUGUAAGCAGACACAUUAUUACACAACUUACAACAUUACUUUACUUGAGUUUUUCUUUUGAGUUUUACUUUCAACAUAUCCAAAAAGAAAUAAAAAAAUUUCCACUCACUACAAUUUCACACAUCUCGAAAUUUCACUCAUGCCACAAUUUGACUUUUUAAUCAUCAAACAGCUUUGAUCUAAAUUCCAGAAUUCCUAACAAAUCUAAACCUUAAGCUAGCUAUUAGCAUUCAUUCUUGGUUAUUAGCAUGUUAGCUAACAUGAGAAAUUAAGAAUAAAAGUUGUUGUUUUCCUAAAAGUCAUUGUGCAAUUUGAAUUUGAGUCAAAUUUGUUUGUAGGUUUUUCAAUUAAUCCUACAAUUAUGAAUUAUUCUUCUACUUUAAGUUUCACAUACUUGUAGCACAUGUAAGCGUUCAUACUUUUUGUACUUUUGCUUGAACAAAGAUUUCCAGUACUUCUAUCAAAAAUCUGUACGAAACUAUACAUUAUCCAGAGCACUACACUACAUGCUUAAAUAAGUUUUUCCUACAUAAAUCUUCUGUUUAUUUCUCACUAUCUUUAAGCUCUAAAAUGAGCUGCAUACUGAAAUUCCUUAUUAUUACUUGUACUUUGUUCUCUAAUCCUUUCUUUCUUUCUUUUUUUUUUUUUGUAAAGACAUCCGUCUUGUGUGUAUUUUAUGACCACGCCUACAGUAGGUAUAAUAACUAUAUUAUAUAUUAAGUAUUCAAGUCAGACCAGUUCACACACACAUGAGUUAUAGCAUGUUGGAAAACAUUUUACAAUGCUAGUUGAAUGCUGGUAUGUAUUUAUUUUUUUGGCAGUUUAGAUGAGCAAUGUUAUCAAAGGUUUCCAAUGGAGAAGAUGUGCAUGGAAUUCCUCGGAUGCCUCUCGGAUCCUCCCACAGACUAGUUCCUUGCUCACGUAGUAGCUUUGCAAUCUUUGGGUGUUUCUUGAAAGUUGAUCUUCAACUGGACUGGUUUAACAUAGGUGUAGAUAAAUUUACCCUCUAACUGUAGGUAAAAAUGUUUUAAUGAUGGUUAAUUUGUAAGAAGGUGUGGCCAUGAAUGAAUGUCUUUGCGUUUUAUGUGACGUUGUUGCCAUUUUGAUGCGUGGACAGACUGCAUCAGUAUUAUUGUUUCUGUGAAUCAUUUUCAUUUACGCUCAUAAUCGAUUGCACUCUUCCUCAUACAUUUUCAAGACAUGGCUUUAACACUACCACGUAGCUGCCUACUGUACGUUAGCUAGCUUCAUUAAGUGAUAACUGAGUGACUAUGUUUUGCGGGAUGGGUUUUAUAUAGCUGCUCAACAUAAAUAUAACUAGAGGUGAAACAGGGCUGGAAAUAAUUACUGUACUCUCUGUGUUAGCUAGCUAUCUACUGUAUGUUAGCUAGCUAGCUAUAUUAUGGGACAAAUGGUGAGAUUAUCUCAGCAGCAAGUAUUGCUAACAUGAGCAAAAGUUUGCUAGUUAGCGAUCAUUCAUAUAACGACAGAUGUUUCUCUACCCUGGGAUUUCUACCAAUUUCAGUGGCAACAGCAGUUUGGGGGAAAGUUCACAAUCCAACUUUAUCAGCUUUCUUGAAGUGCCAUAGAAGUAAAGCAAGUUAUCUUUCAUUGCUAGUUACGUUCGGAUUCUGUAACGAAGUUAGAAAUUUGGUGUUAAAUUUGCAGUAGAAAAUCUUCAAAUUCUAGUAGGCCAAGAGACAAGCUUCUUUUGGGCAAGAGUUAAUAUACUGUAUAAAGGCCAUGAGUUAAGUUUCUCAAUCUACAGUAUAUUUUUCAGGACGUACUUAACAUGUGGUAACUAAUGUAUUGUAAAACAAUAUUCACCAUUGUGGCCACAGGAACUUAAUCAUGCAGGUGAUUGUUAAUAUUCUACUUUAUGUCAAUCUUGGAAUGGGAGUUAUGUCAAUCUUGGAAUGGGGUUACGGUCAGCUCUGUCGUGGAGAUCCAAAAUCAUUUUCUCAGUCUCAGUUAUACACAUAACAUAUAGGGUUUUCAACACUUGCUAACCACAGAUGCUAACAUUUCAAGGUGCUCUUUGUUUUUCUCCCAGCCUCCCUGUUGCUCCAGGAUGAUUUGGAGAACAGCCCUGCACUACGCUCUAUUCUGGCUCAUCCUGGCUUUAACGUCCGGGCAGCUCACUGAUGAGCAGAAGGCCCAGAUUGUGGAUUUGCACAACCAGUACCGCUCCUCGGUCAAUCCCACAGCUGGUAAUAUGCAGCGCAUGCUUUGGGAUAAUGCGCUAAGUCAGGUGGCUGCGAAUUACGCCGCUCAUUGCAGAUGGGACCACAACCCUAGAAUCUUUGGCAUACUCGGGGAAAACCUCUUCAUGACGCUUGGACCCCUGAUCAUCAGCCAACCGUUGAAUUUAUGGUAUAAUGAGAAUAGUGAUUACUACUUUAACAACAGAGGCUGUGCUCAAGGGAAAAUGUGUGGACACUACACUCAGAUGGUGUGGGCGAAUACCACCUUCGUCGGCUGUGCUGCACAGUUUUGCGCUGAUGUUCCUAACUUUAAAGUUCAAAAUGCCACAAUCCUGGUCUGCAACUAUUACCCACCAGGUAAUAUAAUGGGACGGUCACCAUAUCAGCAAGGACCGGCAUGCGCCGCAUGUCCAAGUGGGACAAUAGGAUGCCUGAACAAUGCCUGUGAUCGAGGUACCGGUAUAACCUCAGGACUUUCAACGACCCUUAUAGCGACUUUAAGUAACACAGUAAAUCCAGGUAGCGGCACGAGCACAGGAAGUUCAGCAGGAUUUACAAAACCCACUGCAGCUCCACUACUGCUCGCUGGUCUGACGGCCAUUUAUAUUCGAAUGACAUGAACGUGAUCUCAAAUGCCAAUGUCUGUCUCGUAGUAAUAAGUCGAAAUCAUGUCAAGGUUACUGACGGCUGUAUGUUAUGUAUGAAAUGAAAGAAAUAGAAUAUAUUGAGUCCCUGAACCGCCGUAUGCGUUGAUUUAGAUCAGUACAAACUCUCAUGACAAAUGUUGAAUGUAGAUGUAUUAAUGCAUUUCAUAUAUAUAUAUAUAUAU